CUUCUAACUAUGCCCUUUCUAGCUCGCCGGACCCUGCCACGGAAGAGUCAGGUAUCUUAAUUAUUGCGGGGAAGCUUUGCUGCGAUCUACCUGAUCUUGGGAACCACCUACUUAUAUAUUAGACUCAGGUGCUUCCCGCACACCGGACCGGGUCUCGCCGACCAGACGUCAUCGGCACUUGCAGCGGUCCAUUUCCACUUUUUGUCUUGUUCUCUUCCGUUCUCACUACCUGGGUAAUAAGGUACGUGCCAUGGUCCACCCGCAAGAGGGGAAAUACGCCAAGAACUACGAACAGUUCCAAGAUGCCCUCUCAGCCGUCCUGAUCGAGAAGAUCUCGAGGCCGCGGGCCCAGCCCAAGCGCCGUGCCAAAUCGAGCAAGAAAGGACCGCCAGUCGAACCCUCAAGCGAGGCCGACAGCAACGGGCCGGAGACGGACGCCGAAGAGCUCGGCGAGUUCAUCGACUACAUUGCGUCCGAAAUAUUCUCCUCUCUACCGGAGGACCUGCAGGGCCUAGAGCACCACGUCUGGGCCUCAUCCCCCGCUUUGCAGGAGCGGUACGCCCUCCCGCUGGCGGCGGACUUCGUCUCCUCGGCAGUCCUCCCGGCCCUGGACCCUUCGAUUGCCGACUCCCUCCUCGCCUACGGUAUCAUCACCGUUCCGCCCUCCGCGACACCCGACGACGCCCAGUCCAGCACGACCGCCCUCCUGGCGCCGGUUCUGACCUCGUACGUCGCGGCUGCCGCCGCCUCCCCGCCUCCCCCGAUCUCGACGAAGGCGCAGACGACGUGCUGCGAGAUCUGCGGCCGCGACUGGGUCAACCUGUCGUACCACCACCUGAUCCCGCGCAUGGUUCACGCCAAGGCGGUCAAGCGUGGCUGGCACCGCCAGGAUGAGCUACAGAACGUCGCCUGGCUGUGUGGCGCCUGCCACCGCUUCGUCCACCGCUUCGCCUCCCACGAGGACCUCGCCCGCCGCUACCACACCGUCGAGCUGCUGAUGCAGCAGGCCAAGAUCGUCGCGUUCGCCCAGUGGGUCGGGAGGCUGCGCUGGAAGGGGGGCUCGACGCGCGGGGGGAGGCGGACUGGUUAGUGGAGCGGAGGAAGAGAGGGAG